AUGCUAAUCACAAUUUCCCAGGAUGCUAGUAGUAUCUCCUGUAAUGCUUGGGGCAUCACCUGGGAUGCUCGGGGCAUCACCUGGGAUGCUCGAGGCAUCACCUGGGAUGCUCGGGGCAUCACCUGGGAUGCUCGGGGCAUCACCUGGGAUGCUCGGGGCAUCACCUGGGAUGCUCGGGGCAUCACUUGGGAUGCUUGGGGCAUCAUCUGGGAUGCUUGGGGCAUCAUCCGGGACGCUUGGGGCAUCACCUGGGAUGCUUGGGGCAUCACCUGGGAUGCUUGGGGCAUCAUCCGGGACGCUUCGGGCAUCACCUGGGAUGCUUGGGGCAUCACCUGGGAUGCUUGGGGCAACACCUGGGAUGCUUGGAGCAUCACCCGGGACGCUUGGGGCAUCACCUGGGAUGCUCGGGGCAUCACCUGGGAUGCUUGGGGCAUCACCUGGGAUGCUUGGGCAACACCUGGGACGCUUGUGGCAACACCUGGGACGCUUGGGGCAACACCUGGGACGCUUGGGGCAUCAUCCGAGAUGCUUGGGGCAUCACCUGGGAUCCUUGGGGCAUCACCUGGAACGCUAGAGGCAUCACCUCGCUAG